UGCCGGUGUGAAGCUCCUCACAGUCUGAAGUGUGAACCGGAUCCUGAUCCGGGUCCUGAACCGGAUCCUGAGUUUCUCUCUGUGAAGUGGAAUCGACUCUCCGCUGCUCUGGUGGUCGUGGUGGGAGGACUGGUGAUGGGGCUCAGGGUUGUCCUCGGGGUUCAGCGGCGCCGUCACGUCCGGUUAACGCUGCCGUUGCUGCUCUCCAUCGCCAUGAUGGCGGCGGUUUGGGCGGAAGGCCGAGACUACUACGAUCUGCUGAGAGUCGGCAGGGAGGCGACGACCAGGGAGAUACGACAGGCCUUCAAGAAGCUGGCGCUCACCAUGCACCCGGACAAAAACCCCGGCGACUCCUCGGCCCACGAUAAGUUCGUGGAGGUGAAUCGAGCUUAUGAGGUCCUGAAGGACGAAGACCUCCGGAAGAAAUAUGACAAAUAUGGAGAGAAGGGAUUGGACGAGCAGCAGGGAGGACGCUACGAGAGCUGGAACUACUACCGCUACGACUUUGGUAUCUAUGACGAUGAUUUAGAGGUCAUCACGCUGGACAGCGGAGAUUUCGAGGCGGCAGUGAACUCCGGAGAAAUCUGGUUCAUCAACUUCUAUUUCCCACGAUGCUCCCACUGUCACGAGCUGGCGCCAACGUGGAGGGCGUUUGCCAAAGAGAUGGACGCAGUGAUCCGGAUCGGAGCCGUGAACUGUGGAGACAACAACCACCUGUGCCGCAGGAAAGGGAUCAACAGCUACCCCAGUCUGUUCGUAUUCAGAUCAGGACAGAAACCAGAGAAGUAUAACGGGGAGCGUUCUAAAGACCAGCUGGUGAGCUUCUCCAUGAAGUUCAUCACAACCACCGUCACUCAGCUCUGGCAAGGAAACGUGUUCAGCGAGGUGGAGAGUGCGUUCUCGUCCGGGCUCGGCUGGCUCAUCACCUUCUGCUCCGACACCGGAGAUUGUCUGGAGCCAAAAACAACACAGAAGUUGGCAGGAAUGUUGGACGGACUGGUGAAGGUGGGAUGGAUGGACUGCAUCGCUGAGGAGCAGCUCUGUCACAGCUUCCAUGUGACCGGCGGAGCGACGGCUUUAUUCCCUCCUGGUUCGUCUCUGGACCAAAAGGACAGCGUGCUGUGGCUGAACACUCUGGACAGUAAAGAGGUUUACACUCAGGUCAUGAACCAUCUGCCGGAUCUGGAACUGCUGACCAGGGACAGCUUCCAGAGCAAACUGGCCCGUCAUCGCUGGUUGGUCAGUUUUACGUUUGGAGAGAGAAGCUCCACCUCCAGCGAGUAUAAGAAGCUACAGUCUUUCCUCAGGAACGACCACAUACAGGUCGGUCGAGUUAACUGCAUCACAGACUCGGAGCUGUGUCAGUCUCUCUACAUCCAAAAACACUGCGUGGCUGUUUUCAAAGGACUGGGAAUCCACGACUUCGAGAUCCACCACGGUAAAGAUGUGCUGUACAACAUCGUGGGUUUUGCGAAGGACAGCGUUCGCGCUCAUGUGACGACUCUGCAGCCCGACAACUUCCCCUCCGACAGGAAGGAGCCGUGGCUGGUGGACUUCUUUGCUCCGUGGUGUCCUCCCUGCCGAGCUUUGCUCCCCGAGCUGAGGAAAGCUUCCAUCCACUUGGCCGGACAGAUGAAGUUUGGAACUCUGGACUGUACCAUCCACCACAACCUCUGCUCCAGGUAUAACAUCCAAGCGUACCCCACCACGGUGAUCAUUAACGGCUCCUCCCUUCAUGAAUAUGAAGGACAGCAGUCAGCCGACGGCAUCCUGGAGUUCAUACAGGAUCUGGUGAAUCCUUCUGUGGUCGUCCUGGAUCAUUCCAGCUUCACUGAGAGAGUGAAAGGUCGAGCUGAAGGGCAGAUCUGGGCGGUGGAUUUCUACGCUCCGUGGUGUGGACCCUGUCAGGCUCUGAUGCCUGAGUGGAGACGCAUGGCCAGGCUGCUGUCGGGUCAGAUCCUGGUCGGCUCAGUCGACUGUCAGCGGUUCCAGUCGUUGUGUCAGAGUCAGGGUGUGAGGGCGUACCCUGAAAUCCGACUGUACCCCGGCAACGCCCGGCAACCAGAUCGCUUCAUGAGUUAUAACGGUUGGCACAGAGACGCUCAGUCACUGAGAACAUGGGCCCUGAGUUCUUUACCCAGAGCGACAGUGGACUUGACUCCGGAGACGUUCAGGUCUCAGGUGCUGUCGGGUCGGGAUCACUGGGUUCUGGACUUUUACGCCCCCUGGUGUGGACCCUGUCAACAGUUUGCUCCAGAGUUUGAGAUCCUGGCUCGGAUUCUCAAAGGGGAGAUUCGGGCGGGGAAGGUCGACUGUCAGGCUCAUUAUCAGAUCUGUCAAUCAGCUGGAAUCACCGCCUACCCGACAGUCCGAUUUUAUCCGUACCUGGCAACAAGGAGGUUCGAACACAGUGGGGAACCCAUCAACAGCCGGGACUCUAACAUGAUCGCUGACACCAUCAGACAGCGACUACAACAGCUGUUGCCACGGUUACACAGCAAAGGAAAGGAUGAACUCUGACCUCAUCGAGCCACGAGACAGACCAGCUACUGGUCAGAGGAGGAGGAGCUCUGGAUUUGAUUGGUCCGGGGCAGCGACCAAUCGAUGAACACUCCUGUGUCCCAGCCGUGAUGCAGAGGGACAGACGGACAGUUUCCUGCUGUGAUGAAUGUACUGACAACUUCUGCCUUUUUUAUUUGUUUUUAUUUUGUCUCCAUUGUUUGUAUUUACUCUAUGAAGUAAAACUGUGGGACGCCGUGCACGUUACUGACACACACACACACACACAC